UCUACAUUAGUGAUUAUCAGUCGUACAAGAAACAAUUGAUUUCGUUUUCCUCUUUCAAUCGCACCUGGAAAUCGGUUUCAAAAAAGGAAGUACAGGAAAUGUAUGCUAAUAACGCUUUGAGAUCAACAGCUGAUCAUCCCGUCGCUAAAGAGGAAAAAGAUUCAGACCAUCUACUUACAACAACACCCAAUAACACGACCGCUAACGAGUUGCCACUGAAAAUCAUUUUAAUGUGGAAUGCCUGGACCAAUCACAUAGCCGAUAAGCCUCUAGUCAAGGGACAAUGUCCCGUCAAAUCUUGUCUUUUCACGACCGACAUGUCGCUGAUGCAGCAAAGUGACGUCGUUGUCCUUCACUUUGACACGCUGGAAGACUACCCGGUCAAUCGCCAGCCGCACCAGCGAUUCGUUUUCUACCAUUUCGAAUCUCCGGAUAAUACCGCGUCGGAAUUAAUGAACGAUUCUAAUUUCCGCUACGAUUAUUUCAAUUGGACCAUGACUUAUCGACGGGACUCUGACAUUUACCUGCGUGAUUAUUACGGCUCCCUUAUCGCCAAGGCCUCCAUUAAGAAUAAUUCUCGUGAAAUGCGAUACAAUUACGGAAAUCUGACGAAUAGUAAUUACAACGACCAGAUUAUUUCUGACGCCAUUCAUCUUCCCGGUAUGGAAUUAGUGAAAACGGAUUUGAAUUUUACCGCUCUGAUUCGUGGCAAGAGUAAAAUGGUGACGUGGUUUGUUGGACACUGCACGACGCCCAUCCGGCGUGAAGAGUACGUCCGCCAGUUGAGCCAGUACGUUCCGGUCGACAUUUACGGCAAUUGCACCCAAGAUUGCCCGUACCACUGCGACGAAAUGUUGCGCGCCGAAUACAAAUUCUACUUGGCCUUUGAAAAUUCCUGGUGUCCGGAUUACGUGACUGAAAAGUUCAUCCGGCCUUUUGUUUAUGACGCAAUCCCCAUCUUCCUCGGCGGUGCCGAUUACAGUCAGUUCGCCCCGCCGCAUUCUUACAUCAACGCCAGAGAUUUUCAUUCGCCAAAAGAAUUGGCUGAUUAUUUGAUUCUGUUGGACAAGUCGGACGAUCUGUACGCCCGUUACUUUGAUUGGAAAAGAGACUAUUACGUUUCUGUUCCUGAUUAUUACGGGUGGUGUGAAUUAUGUCGAAUGGCUCACGAUAAUACUCUGCCGAUAAAAGUGUAUCACGAUAUCAAGCAGUGGUGGAUGUUGGAUGCCGGAGAAUGUGAAUCCAAUUCAACCAAAUAUUUUUGAAAAUCUAUUUUU